UGGCACGUCUGCAACGGAAAAAAAAACCAAAAAAAAAUUGAAAAUCGGAAAUGGAGAAGUUGAGAGCUACGAGCAAUCUCCGACGAUCAUUGAAAUCGCUUCUCAACCGUCGAUUAAGUUCCGGUUCAGAUUUUACGCAUUUCAAUCAAAAGAGGAGUUUUCAGACGAGUUUUAAUUGGAUCAGAGAUUACAAAAGUGUUGGAGAAGUGAAUGCGGUUCAGUACAGAUAUUUCAGUUCAGUGUCGACGCUUGUUCAGAGAAAUCCUUCAUUUUCGACGUUAAAUUCCGAUGAUAUUAGUUAUUUCAAGGGGUUACUAGGAGAGAAAAACGUUAUUCAAGAUGAGGAUAGGCUCGAAACUGUAAAUACGGAUUGGAUGCAUAAAUACAAAGGCUCCAGUAAGCUCUUGCUUCAGCCUCGAAGCACUGAGGAGGUGUCACAGAUUCUUAGAUAUUGUAAUUCAAGAUGUUUAGCUGUUGUUCCUCAAGCUGGAAAUACUGGUCUUGUUGGUGGAAGUGUGCCUGUUUUUGAUGAGGUAAUUGUCAAUGUUGGUUCGAUGAAUAAUAUCAUAAGUUUUGACAAGGUCAGUGGUAUAUUGGUAUGUGAGGCAGGCUGCAUAUUAGAAAAUCUUAUCUCUUUCCUGGACAACCAAGGAUUUGUUAUGCCUCUGGACUUAGGUGCAAAAGGGAGCUGUCAAAUUGGUGGAAACGUUUCAACUAAUGCUGGUGGUUUGCGCCUUGUACGUUAUGGUUCACUUCAUGGGAAUGUACUCGGUCUUGAAGCUGUUUUAGCAAAUGGUGAUGUGCUUGAUAUGCUUGGGACUUUACGUAAAGAUAAUACUGGGUAUGACUUGAAGCAUUUGUUUAUAGGAAGUGAAGGAUCCUUGGGAAUUGUAACUAAAGUUUCUAUACUGACCCCUCCCAAGCUGUCUUCUGUAAAUUUAGCUUUUCUUGCAUGCAAAGAUUAUUCUAGCUGCCAGAAACUUCUCGUGGAAGCAAAAAGAAAACUUGGGGAGAUCCUAUCUGCUAUUGAAUUUUUGGAUGACCAGGCAAUGGUUUUGGUUUUGCAUCAUUUAGAUGGAGUUCGGAAUCCGUUACCCACCUCAAUGCACAACUUCUAUGUUCUGAUUGAGACAAUAGGCAGUGAUGACUCUUUUGAUAGGGAGAAACUUGAGGCCUUCUUACUUAGCUCAAUGGAAGGUGGUUUAAUUUCUGAUGGUGUUCUUGCACAAGACAUAAACCAACUAUCCUCAUUUUGGCGAAUACGUGAGGGUGUACCAGAAGCAUUGAUGAAAGCUGGUGCCGUUUACAAAUAUGAUUUGUCAUUGCCUGUUGAAAAGAUGUACAAUCUUGUGGAUGACAUGAGAGUAAGACUUGGUAAUUUGGCGAAAGUAGUUGGAUAUGGUCACCUUGGGGAUGGGAAUUUGCAUCUUAAUAUUUCUGCUCCACAGUACGAUGACGCGAUUUUAGAACAAAUUGAACCCUAUGUCUAUGAAUGGACAUCUAAGCACCGAGGGAGUAUCAGUGCUGAACAUGGCCUGGGAUUGAUGAAAGCUAACAAGAUCUAUUACAGCAAAACCCCUGAAACUGUACAAAUAAUGGCUUCCAUCAAAACAUUGCUUGACCCGAAUGGGAUCCUCAACCCAUAUAAAGUUCUUCCACACUCAAUCAAUCCCUAGAGCUGGGCCAGGGAAUGCUACCGGCGAAGCCUUUCUCCCAUCUCCAAAUUCAGUCUCCCCACUAAGAGCAUUUGGCAAACUUUGGAAUAUGUCAUGAAAAAGAUGCCACUAUGGAGGUGAGCUGAAAAUGGGGAAAGGGGGGGCCAAGAAACUUCCAUAAAGAAUAUUGAUCUGGCAAACAAAGGGCAUCGCCUCCGGUACUAUACAGUGAACUUUGUAUAAUCAUUGAAUAAGAGAUGGAAACGUGUUAAGACUCUCAGGUGCAUAAAAUUGCAAAAAUAAGUUGGAACUUGUUGCACCAGCUUAAAAUUUAUUAAGCUUUUCUGUAUGUAAAUAUUCUAUGCAAGUUGACGUCUCUUGCAUCUUUCUUAAUGUGCGCUCAAGCCGUUUGCUGGUA